AUGGCUUCAAUAUCUUUGAACGACCUUGUUGGCGCCCUGAACGCUACCUUUGCCCAUCCAGACACGACCCAUCCGCUACCCGAUGACCUGACACGCAUUCUGUCCCAAUACGUCGGCAAAGCGAGAAAGGAAGGCGAUGGUCUACAUGACGAGCUGCGCACCGUCUACCGUCACCAUGUCGAGGCGCAUCCGAACAAGCUGCCUGCUUUUGUCGCUGUCCUCAAGCUCCUACGCCCAGCCAUAACCAGCGACUCCCAUCUUGCUUCCUGGUUCAGGAAUGUCGCCAUACCUUUCGUCGACCAGCCCGCUACCAGUCGCUCCGCCAUGUCGGACGCCCAAGACUUCGUACUCGACUGCCUCUGCCAUGACGACGUCUCUCGAGACGCUCGAGACAAGGCUCCACCCGCGCCUCACCUCAGCUCUAUCCUUCUCGAUGCUUACAUUACCCGUACCACCGCUCACGCAGACAGCCCAUCUGUCCAAACUCAAGACUACGCUGCUCGCCAGCUGCAGUCCAUGCUGACAGCUUUUGCUCGCAAAAAUCCCCACGACUUCUUUGUCUCGGUCGACAACUUCUUGCUCAAAUCCGACACACGUCUGCAAGCUCUUGAUCUGCUUGCUGCCUUUCUAGAACAACAGCACGCUCAUCUGUACCUGGUCCUGGACACAACCGUCGUCGAACAUCUGCUCAAAUGCCUUAUGAACGACACUGCCACCGUUGUAGUCUCCGCUGCUCUAAGAUGCCUCAUCAUGCUGCUUCCACACAUUCCUGCUACAGUGGCUUCGCAACUACCGAGGUUGUUCUUGAUAUAUAGCCGAUGCCUCUGUUGGGAGAAAUUCAGCGCCUCUAGUACAAAGGCUCAGCGCGAUCUCGUUACCGAUAACCGCGUUCGACGUGAUUCCGAUUCUGAUCCUGACCUCGACUAUGAUGAUGCGACCGAUCCUACUUGGCAGGUCCUACGCGCCUUGCCAGACAUGCCUGAGUCUUCUGCUCCCGAGCUGUUGCAUUAUUUCACCUACCUUUAUGGUCUUUAUCCUCUCAAUUUCAUGAGCUACGUCAGGAAACCUCGGAAAUAUCUCAAGAACAUCGAUUUUCCUGGUGCCGACGAGUUCGAUCUAGACCAAACUGUCAUCCGAAGCCGCACUGAACAGUUUCAACGAGUCCACUUCCUGCACCCCAGCUUCUUCGCUACCACGGUUGAAGAAGAGCUGAGUGAGAACCGUUGGCUCAAGGCAGAGCCUUCAGAAGUCAUUGCAGAAUGUCAUGGUCUAUAUGCAGGCGAGCAUCCCAUCUUCGAGAGCCCUGCUCCGCCUCCUUCAACAAAAUUGCCGUCAGUCCCCAACUUCUUAUCCUCUGCGCCGGAGCCCACGCACCUAGACAGUCCCACUCUACCUCACCACCCUAUGGAAAGUCCGAUGGAAUCCGCGCUGGAGGCAGCAACGUCCAAGGAUCUUUCAUAUUUGCAGCGGGAGCUCACGUUACUGCGGAAUGAGCUCACCUUCGAGCGUUAUCUUAAACAGCAACAUGUGGCUGCUAUUGGUCAGCUCAAGCGCAACCACAUCAAAGCUGUUACGGUCGAGGCUGAAACAGCAACUUUGAUCAAUGCAAAUCGCGCUUUACAAAAAAAGUUGAGCGACUCCAACAAGUUUAACGAGAAGAUGCAAAAGGAGACACAAGCUCGUAGAACGCACACCAAACAAAGUGAAGAGCAACUCAUGGCAAAGAUCCGCGGUCUAAAAUCGGAGCUUGCAGAUCAAGAGACUCUGCAGCUCCGUCUUACACAAGCUUCUAAAGACUGCAACCAGCUUCGUCAACUUCUGGUUGAGAGCGAGUCUCGUGAGUCUAGUAAGCAAGAAGAACUUGAAGCUCUCGAAGCGCGUCUCAAAGAACAAGAAUCGAUUAAUCAGCAGAACGCGGAGCUCAAGCAGGAGGCGCAGGAUCAUCGAGAUCAGGUCGUUGCGCUCGAAUCGACCCGUGCAGAAUACGAGCUAGCUAAACAGGAGCUCGAAAGCACGAAGUUCAUUUUACAGCGUCGCGAACAAGAGCUCGAGAGAUUAAGGACCGCGCAUGAAGCCAAAACGCAAGAAUACGAUCUUCGCCUGAAAGAGGCAAUGGAGAGCGCACCGGCUUCAGAGCGAUCUAACCAUGCUGUCACUUCACAGCUUUACGAUCAACUCUCAGAGAGUCGCAUUCGACUUGCUCAAACGAAAGCAGCUUAUGUUCAACUGCUAGAAGAGUUCACAAAUCUGCGCGAAUCCAGGAGUGUUGCGGAUGGAGGUUACCCCAUUCCGGGCUGCUCUGGCGAAGUUGGUCACUUGAAUCAAGAAGGCAGUGUCAGAAGUCGAAGUCCAGCUGGAUCGCAUCGCGCAUAUUACACCGAUCGCGGCACGGGUCAAUUCGAGCUUUUUGCACCUCACAUGGACUUUGGGCGAAUCGCCUCACCGGUCUCCUCGUUAAAUCAGAGCUAUCCUCCUGCACGCCCGCUGCGUCCCGAGGCGUAUCAACAAAGAAUCAAUAGCUCUAAUCCGAUGUCUCGAGCGCACGGCAUGUACCAUGACGAUCAUGCGCUUUAUCCUUCGACUGCCUAUGGUGCAGCACGUUCAGCAAUUGGAUCCGAUCAGAGCUCAUCACCUCCGUCGUUUGUAGGGCGAGAAAGUAAUAGGAGUGUUUUCAGUUUCAAUUCCGAAAUAUCGGCGGACCAUGACAAAGAAAGCAACAAAGCUAAGCCAGAGGUCCGCAUGUAUGGACGUGGUGAGUGCUCGUCUCCAACAUGA